AGUUGAUCACCGCGAGCUGGAACGGUUUGAGCCGUUGACGGUUUGACAGUUCGUCUCUGUGGUUAACUUCAUAAACGCACAAACUGUUUGGGGUCUACGCUGGUAUAAUUUUUUAAUUUAAGUAAUGAUUUUCUGCACGUCCCUGUGGCUCGUUAUCCAAGGCAGUUGCCGCCAUCUUUGCCAAGCAUCCGCGUUGGGAUCUUCGUGCAAAUGCUAGUGCCAAAGUCUCAGACAUCCUCAUCCUCCUCGCGCUCACCCAGUUGUAUGUGCAGCAGGUCAAGCAGAAACCGCUUCCUCCUUUCUACAACUCGCGAGAUCCGAGGCCCUACGCCCGACGAGAGCCAAAGAACAAGCUUUCGCAGCGCCUGGCGAAGGACGUGAGUGCCCAAAUCGGGCCUCCAGUCUUCCAACCAUUGUCUUAAUCCUGGUUUCCGUGCUGCGGCUAUGCUUGCGAUGGCAAAAUGUUGCUCAAUGGCUCGUUCAUUCACAUUACUUUAUGGCAGGCAUCAUCCUGUCUACCUGGCUUUUGCAAGAAGCGCUGGAGCUGCGGCGACACACCCCUGCCCGGGCGAUGAUUCAAUCCAUGAUCGACCGGAUGGUCGCGCAUGAUCAAAAACACUUGCUGAAUGAGCUGCUUCAAGCCAUUGACGUGCCAACGCUGCUCUUGUGUGGCCCACGUACUUUGCAAGAGCGCUUAACAGAAGAUGCGCUAAAGAAACACCUGUUGGAGCCCUUCACGAAGGCGAUCUUGGUGAAUGGCUUACAGAAAGUGGGAAUCACUUCGUACCGCAGUCAAGCAGUCCGGCGUUUGGUGCUGAGCUGCCGGGGUGCUGAACUGACUGUGUUGAAGAGCGCGCUGGAUAGUACCGGCGACUACUUCAACUUGCACAAGCUGAUCUACCGGGAUUUGAGGGAACCCGUACGAAGCGAGUUGCUGGCACAUCUUCAGAAAGAAGCCGUGGACCUGCGGAUUGAUGGUCACUCUGUGGGUCUCAAGAUCCUCAGCGAUAUUGAUGACACAGUCGCCUGCAGUGGUGGAUCCUUUCCUGCUGGUCGGGACAAGAGAUUGCCCAAAAAGAUGAUCUACCCCGGCUUCGCAACGCUCUUGCGAGAGCUGGAUUCCAGCUUCACACCAUCGGAGCCAUGCUCCAACGUGGUGUUCUUAUCGGCCAGGCCUCACAUCUACAAAGACGUUUCUGAGCAGAGAACGUUCAGGAUGGUGCAGCAGCUUUUCCAGCAGCAGGUCCUGCACACGAUCCCCAGCAUGCUGGCUGGCUCCCUCGGGAUCGGUUUUGGUGCUCUUGUGAAGCUAUGCUUUUGCAACUCCAAUGCCUGGGAGGAGGUGGGGCGAUACAAGCACACGGUUUUCCAGCAGUAUACAUGUUUGUACCGAGAAUAUGAUUUCAUUUUUUUGCGGUGA